AUGUCGGACGACGAUGAUUUUAUGCAAGACUCUGGGGAUGAGGAUUAUGACUUCGACUACGAGGGCUCCGGUGAUGAUGACGACUCCGGUGAUAUUGGAAUCGAAAACAAAUACUACAAUGCCAAGCAGAUGAAGGCCGAAAACCCGGAGGAAGCGGUAGAUGAGUUCUUAGGCAUACCACCGUUGGAAAUGGACAAAGGCGACUGGGGAUUCAAAGGACUGAAGCAAGCCAUCAAAUUGGAGUUCAAACUUGGACGAUACAGCGAUGCUGUCGAACAUUAUCGCGAACUCCUUACCUACGUCAAGUCCGCCGUCACUCGCAAUUACUCCGAGAAAUCCAUCAAUAAUAUGCUCGACUACAUUGAGAAGGGAUCCGACGGUCGUCAGGCGUAUCAAUGCAUGGAGGAUUUCUAUUCUUUGACACUUGAAUCAUUCCAAAACACGAAUAACGAGCGGCUCUGGCUGAAGACAAACAUAAAGUUGGCUCGGUUAUGGCUAGAGCGCAAGGAAUACGGCCAGCUCAGCAAGAAAGUGCGAGAAUUACAUCGGGCAUGCCUGAAGGAAGACGGAACAGACGAUUCCAGCAAGGGCACAUACUUGCUGGAGCUGUUUGCUCUAGAGAUUCAGAUGUAUGCGGAAACGAAGAACAAUAAACGUCUCAAGGCCCUCUACCAGCGAGCCCUUCGAGUACGGUCCGCCGUGCCCCAUCCGAAGAUCAUGGGUGUCAUCCGAGAAUGUGGUGGCAAAAUGCAUAUGAGCGAGGAGAACUGGGAAGAGGCACAGAGCGAUUUCUUUGAGUCAUUUCGAAACUACGAUGAGGCGGGCUCGAUCCAACGAAUUCAAGUGCUGAAGUACCUGGUUCUGACCACCAUGCUUAUGAAGUCAACCAUCAACCCGUUCGAUUCUCAAGAGACCAAGCCAUACAAAAAUGACCCUCGGAUCUCAGUGAUGACCGAUUUGGUGGACGCCUAUCAGCGUGAUGACAUCCAUGUGUAUGAGGCUGUGCUGAGCAAGAAUCCUGACGUGCUGGCCGACCCGUUCAUCGCCGAGAAUAUCGAUGAGGUCAGCCGCAAUAUGCGCACCAAGGCCGUGCUCAAAUUGAUUGCCCCGUACACCCGAUUCUCUCUCCAGUUUAUCUCAAAGCAUGUCAGAAUUGCUGUGCCCGAGGUGCUGGAUAUCCUGGGCUUCCUGAUUCUCAAUAAGCAGCUAGACGCCAGCAUCGACCAAUCGAGUGGAAUUGUGGUGGUAUCAACCCCUAACGACGAGGAACGAACCCGUGCCAUGAGACAGUGGAGUUCAUCCCUGUACUCCCUUUGGAAGACGGCUCUCAACGGCGAAGGGCUUCGCGCGGACGAAGGUACGCACGCGGGCUCCAUGUUCAACCCCGGCUUUGGUGACGACUCCCCUAUGGGUAUGCGGCCUCUCAACCCACGCAGCCGACGAGACGUGCGAGGCAAAGCGCCCGGGCUUAAAUUAACUGGAACUUCUUAA